UUAAAAAAUCAUAACAUAACCCGAAGUCGCCAUGAAGAUCCGGUCGGUGAAGCUAAGGGAGGCUCACGCCAACAAGGGCGGCCGCCCUUCCUUCUGCUCCGUCCUGUGGGACCAGCAGGCUCGCCACCUCGUCACCGCUGCCUCCUCCGACAUCUGCGUCGCCCUCCACGACCCCCUCCUUCCCUCCUCCACUCCCCUCAGGACCCUCCGCCACCACCGUGACGGUGUCACCGCCCUCGCUCUUAGCCCCAAUUCCACUUGCCUCGCUUCCGGAUCCAUCGAUCAUUCCGUCAAGCUCUACAAAUUUCCCGCUGGAGAGUUCGAGACUAAUAUCACCAGGUUUACUCUUCCAAUUCGUUCCUUAGCAUUCAACAAAUCUGGGAGCAUGUUGGCAGCUGCUGGUGAUGACGAAGGAAUCAAGCUCAUAAACACAAUUGAUGGCACCAUAGCUAGAGUCCUCAAAGGCCACAAAGGUUCUGUUACUGGCUUAGCUUUUGACCCCAAUGGCGAGUACUUAGCAUCCUUGGACUCGUCUGGAACCGUUAUUUUCUGGGAGCUUCACUCUGGGAGAAUCCUUCAUAACCUCAAAAGCAUUGCUCCUGAUAACGGUUUAGAUGUUUCGACUAUGAAUGUUCUCAGCUGGAGCCCUGAUGGUGAGAUGUUGGCUGUUCCAGGGUUGCGAAAUGAUGUGGUGAUAUAUGAUAGGGACACUGCUGAAAAGUUGUUUUCUUUGAGAGGGGAUCACGCACAACCUAUUUGUUACUUGGGUUGGUCGCCCAAUGGAAAAUACAUGGCUACAGCUAGUUUAGACAAGCAGGUUCUUAUAUGGGAUGUUGAUAGGAAGCAAGAUAUUGAUAGACAAAAAUUUGAUGAGAGGAUAUGUUGCAUGGCUUGGAAGCCAAUUGGGAAUGCCUUGGCUGUUAUUGAUGUUAUGGGGAAGUAUGGUAUCUGGGAAUCUGUUAUCCCUUCAUCUAUGAAGUCUCCCACUGAAGAUAUACCUGAGAACAAGAAAAGUAACGGGCUUCUUUUCUUUGAAGAGGAUGAUGAAGAAGUAAAUAGUGCAGGCGGAAGCUUGAGUGAUCUUGGUGAAAAUAGUAAUGGUGAGUCUGAGCCACCUAGCAGGAAAAGAUUGCGAAAACAGACAUUGAGUGAGGAGAAUUUGGAUAUUGAUGGUAUUGGUGGUGAUGAGAUUGAUUUGUUUCCCAAGGUUGAAUCUCAUAAGAAACGAAACCGCUCUCAAAAGGAAAAAUUGGAUGAUGUGAGUGUGGGUUAUAGAAGCACAGUUGCUACAUCUAAAUCAAAGAUGCAGGAGGCAUUUCAACCGGGAUCCACUCCUGUGCAGCCGGGAAAGAGGCGCUUCUUGUGCUACAACAUGCUUGGAUGCGUAACCACUGUUGAACAUGAUGGAUACUCCCAUAUUGAGAUUGAUUUUCAUGAUACUGGAAGUGCUCCACGAAUUCCAUCAAUGACUGAUCAUUUUGGAUUUACCAUGGCUGCUUUGAAUGAGAGUGGAAGCGUCUUUGCAAAUCCUUGCAAGGGGGAGAACAACAUGAGUACUCUCAUGUAUCGCCCAUUUAGUAGCUGGGCAAAUAAUAGUGAGUGGUCCAUGCGCUUUGAAGGGGAAGAAGUGAAGGUGGUUGCACUUGGUGAUGCUUGGGUGGCUGCAGUAACUAGUUUUAACUAUCUUCGCAUCUUUACUGAGGGUGGUUUGCAGAGGCAUGUUAUUUCAAUAGAUGGGCCAGUGGUUACUGCAUCAGGUUUCAGGGAUAAGCUUGCAGUUGUUACCCAUGCCUCUGCUUGCCUUCCCUCCAAUGAUCAGGUGCUAGAAUUAAGAGUAUUUAAUCUACUUCAGGGGACCCAGCUUCUUCGGGGUCGAUUGCCAAUAACUCCUGGUUCUUCUCUAAGUUGGUUUGGGUUUAGUGAAGAAGGCCAAUUGAGUUCCUAUGAUUCCAAGGGUGUGCUAAGAUUAUACACAAGCCAAUUUGGUGGUAGCUGGCUCCCGCUCUUCAGUGCUGCUAAGGAGAAGAUUGAUGAAAACUAUUGGGUUGUGGGGUUGAAUACAAGCAAGUUAUAUUGCGUAACAUGCAAAAAGCCUGAAACCUUCCCACAGGUGUUGCCAAAGCCAAUCUUCAAUGUACUAAAUCUUUCAUUUCCUCUUGCUUCCUCUGAUUUGGGAUCUGAAGCCCUUGAAAAUGAGUUCAUAUUGAACAACAUGCAUCUGUUUGAGAUUCAGAAAAGAAUAGAAGAAAUGGCUAGUGCUGGCUUGGAUACCAAUUCACUUGAUGAUGAAGCCUUCAAUUAUGAAGCAGCACAAGAUAGAUGUAUCCUUAGGCUUAUAGCAUCCUGCUGUUACGGUGAUAAACUUGUGCGUGCGACUGAACUUGUAAAGCUUUUGACACUGGAAAAAUCAAUGAAUGGCGCAAUAAAACUUGUCACUGCUCUCAAGCUUCCAAACUUGGCUGAGAGGUUCAGCAGCAUAUUGGAGGAAAGGCUACUCAAUGAGAUGAAGAACACUACAGAAACAAAACCCUUUGAAAACCAUGUUGCGCCCGUCACAGCUGAUGCUUCCUUUAGCAGAAGCAAGAUGCCAAUUCAAACUGAAGCUUCCAAAACAGUAACUAUGUCAUUAUCACCACCAGGAUUAUCUGCUCCGUCAUUCACCAAGACAGACAAAACACAAGUAGCAAAUACACGUGAAAACGCAAUGUUAAAGGAAACUGUGAAGGCGAAGCAUGUAGAAGAUGAAACAAGUAACAAAGCAGUGAAAGUGGAUGCUCCUUCUCGUUCUCAUUCACAUGAGCAAUCUAUAAAGCAGUCAAAUAACAAGUCAGAGGCCAGUUUGGUGAAACCAACUCGGCCUUCUAAUCCAUUUUUGAAGUCUUCUGUUAAGUAGAGAAAUUCAUCUUUUACUUUAAUGAAUGAUAAACAAUGAAGAGGGUUCAGGUAGUUUAUGGUUGACAAAGUUAUUACAAAAGCAUAAAGUGGCAGAGAAGAUUCAAAAUCCUGUGUACAUUACGCAGAAAUCUUAGUGUAAUUAUUGUUUGAAUUCAUAAUUCUUUAGGACUCUUAGAUUGCAUGCAUAGCCUCGUUCAGCACCUGGAAUAUAGUUACAUUUUCAA